AUGGUUACAUUUAGCGUACGGGCAUGUACAGUCCUCCAACGGCGACACAAAAAGUGUUGGAUAUCGCUACGUAAUACAUAUACUGUACCACCCCCCUCCCCCUCUCCUCCAUGUCUCCUGCCCGGGAGGCACCCCCUUUUCACCACAAACAGAACACCAAAACAUGCGUCAUCCAACGCGCCCAUGCCUCGAGGCGUAACCUUACAAGUACCUCACCGUACCGCUCAUCCACACCGCUCAUCCACACCGUCGCACCGCGACACCCGAAACCACAUUAUACAAGGCAUCCAACGCGCCCAUGCCUCGAUACGGCAUCCGCCACGCGCUGCAGCACACGUACACACACACGCCCCAUUCAUCGUGCCCCUUCAUCGUGCCCCUUCAUCGUUUAAACGCCUCCGACACUGCCGCUGUACCUCACAGUACCGCUCAUCUCCACCGUCGCGUCGCGACUCCCGAAACCACAUUAUACAACCUACCGCUCAUCGACACCGUCGCAUCGCGCAGCCGAAACCACAGUAUACAGUACAAGCCCACCGCUUCGACGCGUCGUGCGACAUGCCGACGUCUCUGUGCCUUUCCCUUUCGCCGCCGCUUCGUCGCCGCUUCGUCGCCGCCCGCCCUCCCCUUCCCCACAUCCUUAGAUCAUGGCGCGCCCCGUCCUCCCCACCUCCUCCAGCCCAGGCGGCAAGGAGGCGUCCCUGCCCUUCUUCACGACCUCGCGCCUGGCAUGGCUGGCGAUCGUCAUUGCCGCCGCCAUCGCAGCCCAUCUCUCCGCCACCGUGGUCACGCUGCCGCGCUCGAUUCUGCAGUUCUCGCUCGUCACCCCGCCGUCCAACGCCACCACCACCACCACCACUGCGUCCUGGUCGCUCGCGCGUGCCGAGGCGGCCAAGUCCGCCUCCACACGGGUCGCCCACCUCCGCGCGCACUCGCCCGAGGGCAACGUCUCCACCACACGCGUCGGCUGCCGCGAGUACGUCGCCGGCGUGCAGAGCUGCGCGUACGAGGGCCUGGUGUGCGUCAACGUCACCACGGAGGAGGAGUUCGACCGCCCGAAGGUCUACUUUGUCGACGACUCGCGCCCGGACAGUGAGCAGGUGCCCACGGACAACUGGUGCGGCUACCGCCACCAGUCGUCCGACCCGCGCUACUUCUCGUCGCGCCACUGGCCGAUCAUGGAGGACACGUUCGUGCCGCAGGGCAGCUGCCGUGGACGCGCGCGCGGUGCCGGACGAGCCCGCCGCGGCGCGCGACGAGCGCGGCGCGGGCGGGCCGGCGCCGCCCUUCUCCGAGGGCGCGCGGCACGUGUACCUGCCGCAGGGCUCGGCGGACUUUGUGGCGCAGACGUCGCGCGACGUGAACCGGCUGACGUACGCGCUGAUCCUGCGGCUGGACCCCGGGCGGCUGUACCCGAACGUGACGCGGGAAGAGCUGCACGCGGGGUCGACGGAGCGGGAGGCCGCGCCGCUGUUCGAGGCGUUCCCGGAGCUGCGCGCGGGGGAGCGGCUGGUGUUCCGCCGCGAGAUGCGCGACGACGAGGAGACGGACCUCGUGUGCACGCCGCGGUUCACGGCCGGCGCGAAGCUCUCCAACGGGGCGCACGAGCGCGUGUACCGGCACCUGCGGCAGGAGGCGUACAAGCGGUACGGGGUGCAGGAACCCGACUUUGCGCGGGUCGGGCAGACGGCGUUCCCGCAGCCGCCCAAGCGGAUCGUGGUGCUGCAGAGGCACGUGACGCGACCGCUCGAGAAUAUUGACGAGCUGGAGACGGCGCUCAGGGAGAAGUUUGAGGGUGACGGGGUGGAGGUGGAGGUGGUGUCGACGGACAAGCUGAAUACGGCCGAGGACUUUGUGCGGAUUUUCGCGAGGGCCGGGGUGCUUAUCACGCCGCACGGGAGCCAGAGCAUGGGGCAGAUAUGGAUGCCCAGGCAUAGACCAUGGCGAGGAGUACGACGAGUUGUGCGGGCAGAAGACCGGGCAGGUGCUCGACCCGUGCCUGAGGAUGAAGAAGGUCGGCGUGACCGUGCACGUGCAGGAGGCGCUGCGCACCGUGCGCUUCGCGCUUGGGAGGAUGGGGCACGCCGUCGGGUCGUGGGCGGAGCAUGCAAGGCGGGGGGCGGACGGAGCGGCGGCGGAGGCGGAAGGGCCGGGCGAGGGCGCCGGGGAGGAGGAGGACGGUGGGGAAGAGGAGGGCGGCGAGGAAGAGGAGGGCAGUGGGGAAGAGGAGGGCGGCGGGGACGAGGAGGACGGCGGGGACGAGGAGGACGGGGAGGAGAGCGAGUGAGGAGGGAUGGGCGCAGAUGCGGAGUCGGGCAGGAGGGUGACCAGUGGUGCAUCUGGCACUGCGGGGGCGUGUCACGACAGCGUGCCUUUAUCUCAAGCAGAAGCACCCCGCACUACAGCUCCGUUUUGACGCGCACGCCUUUUCCGAUCCGCCUUCCGACCCCCCGCCUCCGACAGUGCGGGAAGGCCCCGCACUUGCAGCCUCAGAAAGUUGCUGAGAUCGAUUCCCCCAAGCUGGAGCUCAUGGUUCCGGCUGGGGUUCCGGCUCGGGUACCAAUAUGGCAGCUUUCUUUUUCGCCUUUGUUCCAUGGUGCUUCCGGUGAUGCUUUCGGUGAUGCUUCGGGGCGGAGCUCGCCUUCGCUCGAUGGUGCUUGCAGUGAUGCUUCGGGGCGGAGCUCGCCUUCGCUCGAUGGUGCUUGCAGUGAUGCUUUCGGUGAUGCUUCAAGGCGGGGCUCGCCUUCGUUCCGUGGUGCUUGCAGUGAUGCUUUCGGUGAUGCUUUGAGGCGGGGCUCGCCUUCGUUCCGUGGUGCUUGCAGUGAUGCUUUCGGUGAUGCUUUGAGGCGGGGCUCGCCUUCGUUCCAUGGUGCUUACCGGGUGCGCUGCUCUCGGGCUGCAUUGAGGUCACAAGUGCGCCGAGUGGGACGGGGCAAGGCUUCGCCACGAGGACCGAUAUCCCAGCUUUCUUUUUCGCCUCGAAGCAGAGCGUUGGGGGGGCAGAAUCACUGCGCGUUAAGGAGAGGAACAUGCGGAGCGCCGGAGAGGAGAACGGGGAAAUGUCAUUGCAGCAAUUUAUCUCGCAUGAUGGCAAGCACAAUCUCUUUUCGCCACCGCAAGGGAGAGGUGCGAGAGUCAGACGCAAGAUUCUUUAAAAAGUAUAUUUUUAAUUAA